UCAUUACCACAAUCAUCCCUUCAAUAUUCAUUUCAUCACCAUUACUGAUCUAUACAACAUGGCCUUUAUUCAUUCUUCAACCAUCACUUUCCUCCUUUCUCAACUAUUUUUUGCUUAUUUUAUGACAGCAUAUGCAGCAGGGAAUUUCUACCAAAAUUUUGAUAUUACUUGGGGUGAUGGUCGUGCCAACAUACUUGACAACGGUCAACUUCUCACUCUUUCUCUUGACAAAGCCUCUGGUUCUGGUUUUCAAUCCAAGAACGAAUAUCUCUUCGGUAACAUUGAUAUGCAACUCAAGCUUGUACCAGGAAAUUCUGCUGGCACUGUCACUGCUUACUAUUUAUCAUCAAAAGGAUCAAACUGGGAUGAGAUUGAUUUUGAAUUCUUAGGAAAUGUAAGCGGAGAACCAUACAUUCUUCAUACAAAUGUGUUUAGUCAAGGCAAAGGAAACAGAGAGCAACAAUUCUAUCUAUGGUUUGAUCCAACUGCUGAUUUCCACACUUAUUCCAUUCUAUGGAAUCCUCAGCGCAUUGUUUUUUCAGUGGAUGGAACAGCAAUAAGAGAAUUCAAGAAUAUGGAAUCAAAAGGAGUUGCAUUUCUAAAGAGUCAAGCAAUGAGAAUAUAUUCAAGUCUAUGGAAUGCUGAUGAUUGGGCAACAAGAGGUGGUCUUGUCAAAACUGAUUGGAAUCAAGCUCCAUUCAUAGCUUCAUACAGAAAUUUCAAUGCAGAUGCUUCCUCAUCCAAUGCUUGGUACUCUCAACAGUUGGAUUCAACAAGUCAACAGAGAUUAAGUUGGGUUCAAAAGAAUUACAUGAUUUACAAUUAUUGCAAUGACACCAAAAGAUUUCCUCAAGGCCUUCCAACUGAGUGUAUUACACAAUGUUUUGAGUCAUUGUGCAGAGUGAAAAACGGCGGAAAAGAAAAAGACGAAGAUCAAAAUUGAAUUGUAUAUUAUGUGUAUAUUACAUACUGGGCUAUAUUCCUUAUAUAGGAUAUAUAGGGUAUGGACAUAAGAAGGUUGGGCCCAUGAACUGAAUACUGAAUAUAUGAGGCCCAAUACAGUGUAACACGGUUAAAAGCCCCCCAUAAGCUAGGUGUAAAUACAAUGUAAGCCUAGCUUAGUGAUAUUUUCUACAAAAGGAUAGUUGUCCAACGGUUUUGUGAGUAUGUCGGCAAGUUGUUGCUUAGACGGAACGGGUAGGAGAUGGAAUAAGUUUUGCUGCAGUUUCUCGCGAACUAAAUGACAGUCGAGUUCAAUA